AUGAAGAGCGUCCUGGCUCUUGGUUUUCUUUGUUUACUCCUCUGGCCUGAGCCGGCAGAGGCCCAGUUUCCACGAGUAUGCUGCACAGUGGAGGGGAUCCAGUCCAAGCAGUGCUGCCCUGCUCUGGGCUCUGAUCCUGCCAACGUGUGUGGCUCUCUGUCGGGGAGAGGGGGAUGCUCGGCGGUCCGAGUCGACAGCAAACCCUGGGGAGGACCGUACCGACUGAGAAACGUGGACGACAGAGAGAGGUGGCCCACCAAGUUCUUCAACCAGACCUGCAGAUGUACCGGUAACUUUGCAGGUCAUGACUGUGGCCAGUGUAAGUUUGGCUGGACUGGUCCAAACUGUGACCAGAGGAAAGCUCCAGUGGUGCGCAAGAACCUCCAUGACCUGACCCCCGAGGAGGUCGAGGAGUUCCUCAACGCCCUGGAACUGGCCAAGACCACCAUCCAGCCAGACUAUGUUAUUGCCACCCAACACUGGCUGGGACUCCUGGGACCAAACGGAACCGAGCCACAGAUUGCCAACAUCUCCAUCUACGACUUCUUUGUGUGGCAACAUUACUACUCAGUGCGAGACACUCUUCUUGGUCCAGGUCGUCCGUUCAAAGCCAUCGACUUCUCCCACAAAGGUCCAGCAUUCAUCACCUGGCACAGGUAUCACCUUCUGAGUCUGGAGAGAGAACUACAGAGGCUGACGGGCAAUGAGAACUUUGGGAUCCCUUACUGGAACUUUGCCACAGGGCAGAGUGACUGUGACGUGUGCACCGACUCGCUGCUCGGCGGCCGACACCCAGACAACCCCUCCCUCAUCAGCAACCAGUCCAGAUUCUCUAAAUGGGGGGUGGUGUGCAACAGUCUGGAUGACUACAAUCGCCUGGUGACUCUGUGUAACGGCACCGGCGAGGGCUUCAUCCAGAGAGGGGUCAUGGAGCAAAGCAACAUGUCUCUGCCCACCAUGAGUGACGUCAGAAGCUGCCUUGGAAUCCGAGACUUCGACAGCCCUCCGUAUUUCACCAACUCCUCCUUCAGUUUCAGAAACGCACUUGAAGGGUACGAAAAACCCGACGGAGAACUUGAUGACUCAGUCAACAACCUUCACAACCUCGUCCACUCCAUGCUUAAUGGAACCAGCUCUUUGUCCCACUCCGCAGCCAACGACCCCAUCUUUCUGGUGCUCCACACUUUCACCGAUGCCAUUUUCGACGAGUGGAUGCGGAGGAUUGCUCCGACUAACUCCACCUACCCGGACGAGAUGGCGCCCAUCGGUCACAACAGAGACUACAACAUGGUUCCCUUCUUCCCUCCGAUCACCAACGAGGAGAUCUACGUCACCUCUGAACAGCUGGGAUAUUCCUACGCCAUUGCCCUGGACACAGAUCCCGGAACGACUGCAUUUGUGCUGGGCUCCACUCUUGGCGGAAUCUUCAUCGGUCUCCUGGUGCUUCUCCUUAUCUUCGUGCUCUACCUGCGUCAGCGGAGAAACAGAGGCUUUGAACCUUUAAUAAAAGCAGACUUCACAAACAGGAAGUACACAGACGAAGCCUAGAUUUCACCUGCUGCCGGAGAGAUGGAGCAGCCACUCUGCAAUGUUCUGCACAACCCCAGCAUUGAAGCGAGACAUACAUAUUAAUCAUUUUAAAUGAGUGCCACUUGUACUUUGUCGAUAUUAAGGCAAAUUUCCAACAAUAAUAAUGUGAAUUGUACGAUCCACUGAAAAAAAAUGAUGACUUACUGCACAUUUUAAAUGAAACCAA